AGAACAAAAUACCCAGAGCCUGGACUGACACCAACUUACUGCUCUCUACUGUGCCUAUUGUCUUGUUUAUUAUUUAUUGUAAUACCUGCACUGUUUUGUGCACUCUAUGCAGUCCUGGGUAGGUCUGUAGUCAAGUGUAGUUUUUGUGUUGCUUUACGUAGUUCAGUGUAGUUUUUGGUAUUGUUUCAUGUAGCACCAUGGUCCUGAAAAACGUUCUCUCGUUUUUACUGUGUACUGUACCAGCAGUUAUGGUCGAAAUGACAAUAAAAAUGACGACUUGACUAUGAACUGGUCCUCUCCACAGCUGCACUGUUUCAGUCCCCAUCAGACGGUGGCGCUACUGCUGGUUGACAACGGCGGCCACAAUUAAGUGAUAUCUUGCCCCGCUGGCACCCGCGAUCGUCGAUGAAUCCUCUCUGCUCCUCCCCUGGCGCCAUGCACGCCGGUAAUCGUAGUCCAUAAUUGACGAAACCGUGUAGGAACGGGACGGGGAAUCCGGAAUAAUAGACUACAGUUCCCAUCGAGCCGUGCGGCGUGCAGCUAAGGGAUUGUCAUCGUUGUGAGGAGAGUUGUGGCGAGCCGACACCAUGGCCGGGGCAAUGGCAAUCCUGGGCUCUUCAAUCCUGGCCCUCCUGUUGGCUGGAUACCUGGCACAGCAGUACCUUCCCCCUCCCAAACCGAAAGUGAUCGGUGUAGAUCUGGGCACCACAUACUGCUCUGUCGGUGUGUUCCAGCCCGGCACUGGAAAGGUGGAGGUGAUUGCCGACAAAGUUGGGCGAAGGAGUUUGCCAAGUGUGGUGUCGUUCACUGACAGAGGGAUAUUGGUGGGGUAUGAUGCUCAGGAUCUGGGUGACACCAAUCCGCUCAACACUGUGUAUGACGCCAAGCGCUUUGUAGGAAAGCGCUUCACACCAGAAGAGCUGAGAGAUGAAAGCAGCCGGUACCAGUUCAAGGUUUUACAUAACAAUGGAGAUGCAGAGUUUUCCAUCUCUGUAAACGAGUCAUUCCGUGUCACACCUGAGUACAUUGGUUCCCUGUUGCUGUUGGAGUUGAAGAAGUUGGCAGAAGAGCAUGUGGGGUUGCCUGUCAGUAAGGCUGUCAUUUCAGUGCCGGCUGACUUUGAUGAGAGACAGAGGAACUACACAGUGAAAGCAGCACAGAUGGCAGGGUUGGAUGUCCUCCGGGUCAUUAGUGAGCCGACGGCGGCAGCCAUGGCCUACGGGCUGCACAAAGCGGAUGUUUUCAACGUGUUAGUGGUGGAUUUGGGGGGUGGCACCUUGGACGUGUCACUGCUGAACAAACAGGGAGGGAUGUUCCUGACCAGAGCCAUGGCAGGGAAUAACCAAUUGGGAGGCCAAGAUUUCAACCAACGGCUAUUGAAGUAUCUGUUUAAUCAGAUCUACCAGCGGUUCGGGGCUCUGCCCUCCAACCAGCGAGAUGUGCAUCACCUGCGCCAAGCUGUGGAAGCAGUCAAGCUGAACCUGACCCUUGCUGACUCUGCACUUGUUCGCAUCCCACUCUCACUGCCAGAUCGAGGGCAAUCCGGUAAAACGGAGUGGGGUGGUCGAGGAGAAGCCAAAGGUGGCAACCAGGUGAUGUUCGAAGAAUCAGUAACCAGAGACCUCUUUGAGGAGCUCAACCAAGACCUUUUUGAGAAGAUCCUGGAUCCUGUGAAGGAGGUGCUCUCUAGUGGCCACCUCGACCGCUACGAUGUGGACGAGAUCGUGUUGGUCGGCGGCUCCACCCGCAUCCCCCGGAUACGGCAGGUCAUACACGAGUUCUUCAGCAAAGAGCCCAAUACCUCUGUGGAUCCCGACCUGGCUGUCGUGAUCGGCGUGGCCCUACAGGCUGGGAUCAUGGGUGGCUCCUGGCCACUGCAGGUCAGCGCCCUGGAGAUUCCCAACAGGCAUCUGAGGAAAACGAACUUCAGCUAGUCGAUUCCUUUCCUCCCCACUUUCACGGUGAAGUUGCUCACAGAGGUUCGGCAGUCCUUUUAUUUUUGUACACUGGAGGUGGUGAACACAGACGAAAUGUUUACAGUUUACCAUAAUCUUCAAAGUUAUCUCCAUGCUUUCUGGCAAAUCAUCUUGAGAUGGUUAGUCAAUAAUUUUAGAAGCUUUGCUCUAUUGGCAUUCUGCUGUUCCAUCUUCAUGUUGUAAUGGUUCCUAAUACUAGGACAGUUUUUGCUUGUUACAUUGGGCAGAUCACUAGAUAUUUACUGUUCACAUCAAUCUUUACAUGCUCUGCUAUUUCCUAGAUAUGGUUUAAUAUUUACCUCUCGAUUCACUGACAACUCUGAGUGCUGCCAUAUUCAGUCCAUUCAAGAUGACUGUGGAAAUUUUAUGGUUUUGGGUCCACCUCCUUACAGCCUGUGCUCUUGGCUGAUCUGGCCUAAACAGUGGUCACACCAAUGGUCAGUGGGAGAUGACUUCCUGCCUUUAUUUACACUGCAGUGUCAGUGGAUAUUCAAUGAAGAUGAGAUUGCUUUUAUCUUGACAACACCUGUCUUAUGUUGGACCCAAAGGAAAGUACGGGACAUGUACACCAGGGACGGAUAGUUCUUGCUGGCAGUGAACCGUGCUGAUCUUUGGGGGAUGCAGUUGGUGGAAAGAAUCUUUGGAGUUUGGAAACUGACCAAUAAAUGGUCAGACAAGGUGAAUGGUGAAGGAACUAAGAAAUAAACUGAGUGCUUUAACCCAGGAUAUUUCAUUAUUUAAAAUGACUUUCCUUUAGUUAAGUGGUGCACAAGGCAAAGAGUGAAGUAUAAAUUUAUUAAAUAUAUAUUUAUAUGAAAUUUUAUACAUAGAGAAAUUUUAUGAGCCAGAUUUUUUUCCUUGAUGGAACAUGUGUUUAAAGAUCAUGAAACAAUUAAAUACUUGAUUAAAAUACUAAAUAAAAUAAUAUUCAUUUGUUUCUAAAUAUUUCCCUGGGCUGACCUGCAAGGUUCAGUUCAGACAAUCAUACUCUGACCUUUCAUCUUUUUUUCAAAAAAGAGAAAAAAAUAAUUAAUUCUCAAAAGGUAAAAGGUACUGCCAUCGUCAGUAUUAUUAACCCUUGAGAAGUUGGCAAUCAGUUGCCCUCUUAAACCACUGUGGUUUGAGUUGAGUAGGGUGUUCCAAGGUUUUGCUUUGGUCUGUGAAGGAACAGCUGAUGUAUUUUCCUGUAGGGAUGGUAUGUGACUUAUGGUUGCGUUCCCCUUGUGCAUUGGUGGUCCAUGUUGGAGAGAAUGAAUAGGUUGCCAGCUAGCUAAUGUGAACAUUUUGAGUGUUUACUUUCCAUUCCUUCAGUAGCAUUGCUGGACAGCCUUUUUAAUUGCUACAAAACUUUCCAUGGGCAAUAUUUCCCUUCAGUUUACCAUGGGCUCUCCUGUGCUUGUGUUCUUCAUAUUGACCCAUCAAUCUUUUCCUUUGGCUUGAUUCUCAUUAUGUGCUACUGAUUCCUUCUAAUCUGAGAGAAUGCUGAAGGUACGGAUGAGAGCAAACAGACAUGUCGUUCUUCCAGGACCAGCAACAUUACUAUUAAGUCACUGGGCAUCUCUUGCCAGUUGAGUCAUGUCCAGAGACUUUCCUUUGUCCCUAAUACUGAUAUGACCUGAAGCCAUCUAUUGUGUGAGAUAAUGUGUUGGCCAAGACAUGAUACAUGAGUCUCAAAUCUUCAAAUGAUUUGUAAGGCAUUAGGUUAGAAAUGUUUUGGAUUUUGCUUUCAAUGUGAAACUGGUUUACUGGUCAAUUAAUAAAAAUGGAUAUGUGUGUAGCCUGUUGAGAAAUAUUUGGCCUUGAACUUUCUAUUGUGUGUGGGAAGACUACUGUGUACCCAGGCAAUUAUUUUGCAUAAUUAUUAUCACUGUGAUAGCCCUCUAACUUUGCAGUAUAAAAUCUGCACAAUGCUGCUGUAUAUAUUCCACAUGAGAUUCCUUUAUAUAUAUUUUACAUCAACGUCUGAUCCCAUUCACUUCUAUGUAUCUAAUUGUUUGCCUCGACCAUUCCACACAGUUACAAAUUCCACACUUCCAUUUCUAUUAUUUAUUUUUUUAUUUUGUGUUACAGCGCGGAGUAGGCCCUUCAAGCCACGCUGCCCCAUCACCCCCACAAUCCCGACGAACCCUUUGCAAUGACCAAUUAACCUACUUGGUACAUUUCUGGAUCGUUAGAGGAACCUAUGCAUUCCAUGGGGGAAGAUGUACAGAGUCUGCUUACAGAAUGAUGUCAGAAUUGAACUCUAAACUCCUGAACGCCUUGAGCUGCCAUAUUGUCACGCUAACACCUAUGCUACCAUGGCACUUUAAGAAGUUUCUGCCAUAUUGAUUGUGUUUUCAGCACUGGGAUAUAUGAUUUUUACAAAUGCUUUGAUAGCUACAAUCUAGAAUAGUAUCUUAGAGUCACAGAGCACUACAGUAGAAAACUACACCCUUCAGCCCAUCUUGUCCAUGCCUCACAGUUAUUCUGCCUAAUCCCAUCAUCCUACACCAGGACCAUAGCCGUCCAUACCCCUCCCAUUCAUGCAUCUAUCCAAACGUCUCUUAAAUGUUGAAAUCAAAUUGCAUCCUCCAUUUAUGCUGGCAGUUUGUUCCACAUUUGCACCACCCUCUGAGUGAAAAUGUUCCCCUUCAGGUUCCCCUUAAAUAUUUCACCUUUCAUCCUUAACCUAUCACCUCCAGUUCUAGUCUUAUUCAACCUGAUUGCGAUUGCUCAAUCUAUACCCCUCAUAAUUUUGUAUGCCUCUGUCAUUUUUGGGAAUCCAUCUCUUGUGGAAAUAUUUACUUUCUCUGUACCAGUGAUAAUCAGCCACGACUGAAGUUAUUUUGUUCACUAGUUUAUUAGAAAACAACCAGGUAUGGCGGUCCAAGAUGACUUAAAAAUAUAGAACUUGUAUAGUGAGUACUAUGCUCCAAGCUUAACCAUGUGUGGCAUACUAGCCAUCUUCCAUUUCUAACACAGCAUAGAUGAGCAUUUUCCUGUCUAAUCUUUUCAAUAUUUUCUUGUUACAUUUUGAUCAGUCAACAGUGAGACUCCUUGUCAGUAUUCUGAUAAUCAGAAACAUUGCUUUGAUCCACAAAUUAAUCAGCUCUGCACCCUUUAAAGGUUACUGGUACUCAUCAGAAUGGUUACUAUUAGCCACCACAUUCAUCUUUUGAACAAAUAUAUCAGUAAAGUCAUCACCCUCUCCUCGCUUUUCUACAGAGGUUAAUUGCAUCAACAGGCCUCUGAUCUCUCCUUAGAACAUCAAACACUACAGCAUAAUACAGGCCUUUUGACCCACAGUCUUUAACCUACUCUAACAACAAUCUAACCCUCCCUUCCAUAUUGCCCUCCAUUUUUCUUUCAUCCUUGAUCCUAUUUAAGAGACUCUUAAAUAUGUUCUGCCUCUACCACUACUGUUCCACACACCCACAACACCCUGUGUAUAUAAAAAAAAACAAACACACACACAACUUACCUCUGACAUCCCCCCCCCCCCCGUAAUCUUUCCUCCAAUCACCUUAAACUUAUGCCCCUCAUAUUAGCCAUUAUCCACAGGGAUGAAGUUUCUGGCUGUCCACAAUCUGUGCCUCCUACCAUCUUGUAUAUCUCUUCGUUAUAGAAAACAUUACAUUUGAGGAUAGCAGGUUGUGUAAAUCCUAUUUAACAUCGCCUUUCGCUGGUUCAUGUACUCCCAAAGCUGCUUAAGAAGACAUGAAGCGUGUCUUUUUCUAACUACUAGUUCUAUUGACAUACCAAACAUUUUUAAAGUAAAGCAGUCACUUUCAUAUUCACAGAAAUCUGCAGCAUGAGUAAGGCCAUUCAGCUCAUUGUGUCCUUGUAUAUUCCCUGCUGUUCUUUCACGCAACCUUCCAAGUAGUUGUCAAUUAUAUAUUUGUAUUUGCUUUCAUUGCCCUUUCUGGCUGUAUUCUGAAUCACAGCAGUGCUAUUCUCAAUCUCUUUAAUGAUAAUCCUUCAACUUUUCCUUCAGUUACCUUGUACAGGUAAUCCCUGUGUUAGGAUCCCCAAAUACAGGCGAGCACCCAUAGCAGUAUUAAAUUCCAAGUCGGGUCUGUCCUAGAUACAGCAGCGUUAGUUUCCUCUCUCCAUUUUACUAAUUAGAUCAUAAGACAUACAGGAGCAGUAUUAUGCCAUUCAGCCCAGUGAUCCUGCUCUGCCAUUCUAUCAUGUCUGAUUUGUUAUCCUUAUCAAUCUCAUUCUCCUUCCUUCUCCCUGCAACCUCUUUCUAAAGAUUUCAUUUCAUUUCUAACCAACAGAGGCACCACACUCCCUCUGCCUACCUGCCUGACCUUUCUAUACAAUGUGUGUCCUUAGAUGUUAAGCUUCAAACUAUGAUCUUUCAGCCAUGACUCAGUGAUACCCACAUCGUACCUGCCAAUCUCCAAAUGUGCUACAAGAUUAUCUACCUUAUUCUAUAUACUCUGUGUGUGUGUGUGCCUUUAACUCCUGGUCGAGUCAUCGGGGUGCCAUCAUGACAAGGUUUUUUUGGUAUGCUCAUCAUAUGGCGUGUCUUGGGCAUCUGAAACCUGGCGGAGCCCUUCCUCUCCAGGUGAUUCUGUAUAUUGUGUACAUUCAAAUAUAACUCUUUCAGUCUUGUAUUCAUAACCCUUUUAAUUUUGCCCUAUGGUACACUUAAAUUCAUUCCACUGACUGCGAUUUUGUCCUUUCAUGAGCCUGUUCUUCCUCACAGUCUCACUACAUGCUGCAUCUACUUGUAUGCCAACUGCCCCAUCCAUAGCCCUAUCACAGUUUCCCAUCCCUGCCAAAUUAUUUACCCCCCCCCCAACAAUUGUAGCAAACCUGCCCACAAGAAUAGCCCCCCUUGUGUAACCAGUCUUUUUUGUACAGGUCUUACUUUCCCCAAAAGAAAUCCCAAUGAUCCAGAAAUCUGAAACCCUGUUCCCUGCACCAUUUCCUCAGCCAUGCAUUCAGCUAGCAAAUCAUCCUAUUCCUACCCUCACUGGCAUGUGGCGCAGGCAGUAAUCCAGAGAUUACUACCCUGGAGGUUGCGCUUUUCAGCUUUCUACCUAACUCCGUAUAUUCUUUCACAAACUCAUCCCAUUUCCUACCCGUGUCAUAGGUACCAAUGUGUACCAUGACUUCUGACUGCUCACCCUUUCUCUUUGCAAUGCUGCAGACCUAACAAUGGCUGCUCCAAUAAUUCUUUCUUGUCAGUUUUAUGCGCUGUUGAUGCCAUUCCUCACAGCACAUAGGUUACCCUAUGGAAUGAUUUUUGAGUCAUAAACUACAAUUUAUCGGUAACAAUAUUGCUUAACUUUGCCAGUAAGCAAAAUGAGGAAAACCACCAUAUAGGCAUGUGUAGAAACAGAACUUGUUCAUUACCUCGUCAGGUUGACAGCAAAAAAAAUCAUAUAAUUUUGAAUUCUUGUGUUAAAUCUGUCAAUAAUCUUGAAUUCUAGGUGAUAAAUUUCUCCUCUGUAUCUUAAGUUUUGCAUCCUAAAUACAACUUAAAGUUUGUUGAUGAAAUAUUACUUAUACCGUUGUACUGACUCUAUUUCUUCCCCUGCCUCUCAUGCCCUCUACCCAAUGAAAAGUAAUCAUUCUGACCAUGUUAUUGUCACAGCUUGUUCUGGUGAUGUACUAUGGGCUUUGUUUUGUUUCUCACUUGCAACUCAAGCCAAUCCGUUGAGUAAGAGCCAUCCUCUAGGAAGAGCUAGAGUUGAGUGUGAAGCUGUGUGUGUUGAGAAUGACGAAGGUAUGCCUGCGGAACAGGAGUUCCCAACCUUUUUUAUGUCAUGGACGAAUACCAUUAAGCAAGGGACCCAUGGACCCAAGUAGGGAACCCCUGCUCUAGAUCGUAGCAUGGGCUAAGUCGCAAGAAAGGACGUGCAGGCUGAGAAAUCAUCCUUGCCUGCUUGCUUUAGACUUGUGAGACUUUUCUCCAUUUUUACUCCGAUUCCAUGGGUAUAGGGUCACUUUAGGCUUUCAAAGGUGGGAAAUACAAGAAACUGUUUCCAACUUUGUGCUGCUCAGGAUCCCUUGGAAAAGUGUACAUCUUGUUUUGUUUUUAUCCUGUGUUUUUUGUUAGUUUAGGGGUUUUUUUUUUGUAAAAAUCUUUUUUCUUUGAAUCUUUCUCAUGUUUAGUUACUAAGAGAUUGGGAGGCUUAGUUUACACAUGUUACUUGGAGUCUGUUUAUGAAUUUUUUAUAGGAAGCUAAAGGUUUAGUUAUUGAUUUGGUAUUGAAAGUUCCAGCAGUAUUCUGAAAGCUGACGUGCAGAGGGAACAUUGUAGUGUACAACUUAUUGUACAGCUUAUGAACCUGCCAUCAUUCAAUGUGUAACUCUGGAAUGGAGAAUAAACUAAAUGUGCCUCAACUU